ACUGCGUUUAUCGAAGCACUAACAACAGCUGAUGUGGAAGGUCUGAGCGCAAAUCAAGGUUGCUUAUCAGUGUUUACCAAUGACAGCGGUGGCAUUCGGGACGAUUUGAUUGUGACGAAGGUUGACCAGGACAGGAUUUAUCUCGUCACAAAUGCUGGAUGCGUCGAUAAAGAUUAUUCGUAUUUGAUGUUCAUCAUGACGUCGAUCUGCAAUUCUUCCUCAACCGUCAGUGGACAACAGUUGCCGUACCAGGAGUGCAUUAUGGAAAAUAUGCAAAAGUGGCAGAAAAAUGGGAAGGAUGUGAACGUGAAAAGGAUUGAAGGACGUGGCUUGGUGGCGGUGCAAGGUCCAGAAAUGGCUGCAUUGCUUCAGUCUGAAUCUGAUAUUGAUAUGAGUACGCUUUAUUUUAUGCAUUCCAAAACAGGCAACGUUUGCGGCUUUCCGGAUUGUCGUGUCACACGCUGUGGCUAUACGGGUGAAGACGGUGUGGAAGUGAGUUUCGAUGUCCGUUUGGAAUUUUCGUACUCUUUUUGUAAUGUGUAA